AUGCUUAAAAAUAAUGAGCAUAUUAAGAAAAGCAAAUAAAAUUAGGAUUUUUCAUUCGCUAGUUAACAAUAGAACCAUUAUCAUGAUGAUUAGAAAAUUGAUAUACCAGAUACCAAUAGAGUUGAUGAAUUGAAUGAUUCUGAAUCAUAAGACAAAGAGAAAAAUAAUUUAACUUUUUCAAUUGAUACAGAUUAAUAGCAUUAGAAAUAAGAAGAUGAUUUUAAUUGCAAUUAAUAGAUUGAAAAUUAUCAAUGUAAUUUCUAAGAUGAUUAAAAUGUUGGAUAAUAAAUUUUCCAUUAAGAAAAUAAUAAUAUAGGUUAAGAAAGUUUUCACAAUUUUGAAGUAUAAUCAAAUUUGUUAUAAAAUUUUUACAAUCAUAAUUAAGAAGAAUAAGUAUCGGCUGGCUUUCCUUAUAAUAAUAAUUUAAUUCUUCCCAAUUAAACACCUAAUUUAGUUCACAAUUUAUCUUAAAUUAAUUAUUAAGCUCAAAAUAUAUAGAUCGAUAUAUUUAAUUAACUAGGAUAAUAAUAAUUUUAAAACUAAAUUAGCUAUCAAAACUUUGCUAAUAUUUACACAUCUAAUCCUUAACCUAUCUAUUCAGUCAAUAAUAUUUAAUAAACAACUUAAUCAUAUAAUCAAGGAUAUUAAGGAAUCCCAUAUAACUAGUGCAACUUGGAUUUAUUAAAUUAUUAAUAACCUAACUACAAUCAAUAACAUUAGAGUAUUACAAAUCAAAAUACAUCUAUUCAGAGCUAUAAUUUCAAAGAAUCUACCUAAAUCCCUAAACUAUAAAAAGAAGAAGAAUAAUUUAGUUUUUAAAAAAGAAAUAAUAGAUCUGAUUAGAUCCAUCAAGAAUAGAACUAAUAAUAAAAAUAAAGCUAGAGAACCUCCAAUAAUUAGGUUGCAGGAUUAAAAUAUAUCAAAGGAUAAACAGAUGUACCUACAAAUUCAACAGAUAAUUAAUCCAAAUCACAGAAGGAUGAAAAUAAAAAUCAAGUGAAUGACUUUUCAUUUUAUUUACAAUUAUUAGGUGGAGGAGGAGGAGGAUUCAAUAGUAAAAUAAGUGUGCCAUCAGGAAAUUUGUUAUCUUUAUUAUUGAAUAAUUGA